UCAAGAAAUUGCCCUGGGGACGGGGAGGGAGGAAGGCCAGGCGCUCCUGGUAACCCGUCCCUCCCUCGUCACGCGAUCGAGCGGGGCGGAAAGAGGGAACGCGAGGCCGCCGCGACGCCCCGACAGGUUGGCGAGGAGGAGUCUUCAGAAAUCGCUCUCAGCUCCUUGAGAUGCUGCCCAAACCUGGAAUCUACUACUUCCCCUGGGAAGUCAGUGCCGGCCAAGUUCCUGAUGGGGCCACGCUGAGAACAUUCGGCAGGUUGUGCCUCUAUGACGUGACCCAAUCCCGAGUGACCCUGAGAGCUCAGCACGGAUCUGACGAGCACCAGAUCCUGGUCUGCACGAAGUUGGUGGAGCCGUUCCAAGCCCACGUGGACUCCCUGUACCUUGUCCUCGGAGAGCUCGAGCACCAGGACGGAGGCUCCGUGGUCAAGGCCCGGGUGCUGACUUGUGUGGAAGGAAUGAAUCUGCCCCUGUUAGAGCAAGCCGUCCGGGAGCAGAGGAGCUCUGCGGCUAUGGACGUGUUCCAGAAGGUAGAGAAGAUCGGAGAGGGCACCUAUGGGGUGGUGUAUAAGGCCAAGAACAAGGAGACAGGGCAGCUUGUGGCCCUCAAGAAGAUCAGGCUGGAUUUGGAGACGGAGGGAGUCCCAAGCACGGCCAUCAGGGAGAUCUCCCUGCUCAAAGAGCUGAAGCACCCCAACAUCGUCAGGCUGCUGGACGUGGUGCACAGUGAGAAGAAGCUUUACCUGGUGUUUGAGUUCCUCAGCCAGGACCUGAAGAAGUACAUGGACUCCGCCCCAGCCUCCGAGCUGCCCCUGCACUUGGUCAAGAGCUACCUCCUCCAGCUGCUGCAGGGGGUGAAUUUCUGCCACUCUCAUCGGGUCAUCCACCGAGACCUGAAGCCCCAGAAUCUGCUCAUCAACGAGCUGGGUGCCAUCAAGCUGGCUGACUUCGGACUGGCUCGAGCCUUCGGGGUGCCCCUACGCACCUACACCCACGAGGUGGUGACACUCUGGUAUCGCGCCCCUGAGAUCCUCUUGGGCAGCAAGUUCUAUUCCACAGCUGUGGAUGUCUGGAGCAUUGGUUGCAUCUUUGCCGAGAUGGUGACCCGCAGAGCCCUGUUUCCCGGUGACUCUGAGAUUGACCAGCUCUUUCGAAUCUUUCGGACCCUGGGGACACCCAGUGAAGCCAUGUGGCCAGGGGUCACCCAGCUGCCUGACUAUAAGGGCAGUUUCCCCAAGUGGACCAGGAAGGGGCUGGAGGAGAUCGUGCCCGGUCUGGAACCAGAGGGCAAGGACUUGCUCAUGCAACUCUUGCAGUACGACCCCAGCCGGCGGAUCUCAGCCAAGGCUGCCCUCGUGCAUCCGUACUUCUCGUCCACCGACACCCCCCGGACCCCCCACCAGUGCGUGCUGGAGCGGUACUGCCGCUGAGCAGGCCGAGCUUGCAGGCCUCUCUCCAGCCACCGCCCCCGCUGCCUCCCCACGCACUUCCCCAGAAAGAAUUAUCUGGGAGAGAGCAGAGCUCAGAGGAGCUUGGCUUCAGCCUCCAGAGGGCUGCGUUUGAGUUAGUUCUGCCUGCAGGUUAGCAAGUUCCGGUGUUGUUGGUUGGGCUUGACGAUGCCGUUUCGAGAUGGGGGCACAGAAGCUCCAAGUGCCAGGGGCUACGUGGUGCGGUGGAGACUGCAUCCCCUGGCACUGGAACUACAGCUGCCAAGGAGAGCGCGAAGCCUGCCCCCCGCUGGCGGCAAGGCGGAGCCAGACCCCCAGUGAAAGGGUGCCCCCUGCUGGUGUUUAUGGUUUUAAAAUGUUUUCUAGGGAAGAGUAGCAUUCCAGUGAAGAGUCCAAGUUAAACAGGAAGCGGGGCAAGGGGGAGAGAGGACAUUUUCCUGAUCCCAGAGAGGGAGAGGGUAUGUGUGGCAGUUCUGACUAGUUGUCUUGUACUUACGAUAUGCUUGUGUUCGUUUGCCUCUGGUUUUAAGAACAGGAAAUAAAAGUGAUACAUUCCUGA